GAGAAUUGUUGGCUUAGAGAGGGAGAGAGAGAGAAAGCGCGCGCUUAUUAUGGAUUUGGAGAGGAGAGAAAGUGUGUGUUAAUCACGUCGUUCGUUCUUCGAUCUCCAAAUGGCUCAAAAACUAUAAUCUCAAAUCACAGAUCUGAACAUUUCUGCUAAUCCAGAUCGAUCAAACUAUGAAAUCUGAACAUACGCAAGAGAAGCCGCCGGUUCCAUGGAAAGCAUCUUCAUCUUCAUCAUCAUCAUCCUCCAAACCUACCUCCGCCGUUCUCCCUUAUCAAACGCCGCGUCUCCGUGACCAUUACGUUCUAGGUAAGAAACUAGGCCACGGUCAAUUCGGAACUACUUAUCUCUGCACCGAGAAAACAACCGGUAACAAAUUAGCUUGCAAAUCCAUCCCUAAGCGUAAGCUUCUAUGUCGAGAAGAUUAUGAUGAUGUAUGGAGAGAGAUCCAGAUCAUGCAUCACCUGUCCGAACAUCCUCACGUCGUUAGAAUCAAAGGUACGUACGAGGACAAUGUAUUUGUUCAUUUGGUGAUGGAAUUGUGCGCUGGAGGUGAAUUGUUCGAUAGAAUUGUUCAAAAAGGACAUUUCACUGAGAGAAAGGCUGCUCAAUUGAUCAAAACUAUUGUUGGAGUUGUUGAAGGAUGUCAUUCUCUUGGUGUUAUGCAUAGAGAUUUGAAACCUGAGAAUUUCUUGUUUGAUACUCCUGAUGAAGAUGCUAAACUUAAGGCCACCGAUUUCGGUCUCUCCAUUUUCUACAAGCCUGGUCAAUACUUUACUGAUGUUGUUGGAAGUCCUUAUUAUGUUGCUCCAGAAGUUCUUCAUAAGUAUUAUGGACCUGAAAUUGAUGUAUGGAGUGCCGGUGUCAUACUAUAUAUCUUGUUAUCGGGAGUUCCGCCAUUUUGGGCUGAGACUGAUUCGGGCAUCUUCCAUCAGAUUUUGAAAGCAAAGUUGGAUUUUGAUUCUGAACCGUGGCCUCAUAUUUCAGAAAGUGCAAAAGAUUUAAUAAAGAAGAUGCUUGACAGGAAUCCUAAGAACAGGAUAUCUUCUCACGAGGUUCUAUGUCAUCCAUGGAUAGUUGAUGAUAAACUUGCCCCAGACAAGCCUCUUGAUCCUGCUGUGUUAACGCGUCUGAAGCAGUUUUCGGCAAUGAACAAACUGAAGAAGAUGGCUUUGAGGGUUAUAGCAGAAAGGCUGUCGGAAGAAGAAAUAGGAGGAUUGAAGCAAUUGUUUAAGAUGAUAGAUACUGACAACAGUGGAACAAUAACGUUCGAGGAACUGAAAAAUGGUUUGAAAAGAGUAGGUUCGAACUUAAUGGAGUCAGAAAUCAUGGCGCUUAUGAAUGCUGCUGACAUUAACAAUAGUGGAACAAUUGAAUAUGGUGAAUUCCUUGCUGCAACAUUGCAUGUGAAUAAGAUGGAAAGAGAGGAGAAUUUAGUUGCGGCUUUCGCAUUCUUUGAUAAGGAUGGUAGCGGUUACAUUACUGUGGAUGAGCUCCAACAGGCUUGCGGAGAUUUUGGGCUUGAGGAUGUUCAUCUCGAAGAUAUGAUUGGAGAAAUUGACGAAGACAACGAUGGGCGUAUAGACUAUAACGAAUUUGCGACAAUGAUGAGGAAAGGAGACGCGGGAAUUGGUGGUAGGAGUAUGAGAGGUAAUCUUAACUUUAACUUAGCAGAUGCAUUGUCUGGAGAAAUCAACAAAGACCCUUCUGAUGCUGCUACUGCUACUGAGUAAUUUUACUAAUUGGUCAUACAGUUGUUAUUUAUAAAAAGAACAUGAACACACAUACACACAAAAAUAAUAUAAAAAACGAAAGAAAGAAAGAAAAGGAAAUUGCUCUAGUUUAGUUAGUAGUUUCAUUUUCUUAGUUGAAUUUAUUCUUUUUUAAAAUAAGGCCAUUCAUUUUGAAUUUCUGCCCGGAUAUUUUUUCUAUAUAUAUUUUAUGUAAGUCUAAGGAUUGAUGUAAGGAUAUGUGUGAUCCAAAAGGAUAUGUAAACCAUGAAUUUUAUGCUCUAAACUAUUCUUAUUUCAAUGGAUGUUUUCUUAAUUUGAUGUAU